CGCCGAUGGCCAGAAGCGUAGACUUCUCGGUUUAUUUCUGCAUUCGGCGACGCCAAUCAUGGGUGCUACCGUCCUGACUCAAUGUGUUCUUCAGGGCAUAUGUGCUUGCCUCAGCUACGAUGCGAGUAGUGAAGCCUCGUGUUUCGGCCCAAUACCAUCGUAUCGGCACUUCGCCUCGCGAACAGACUACGGCUACGCCGUCGAGCCUCACGCUGCAGCCGCCGUCGUCCCCCUGUCGGUCCCAGAUGGCUGUCAACCUUCGCUCUUCUUCGCAUUCCAACGUCACACAAUUCGCUAUCCCAAAGUCAAGAACAUCAAUGAGUCGGAUGAGCUACUGCCUGAAAUCCAGAGGAAACUCGCCGAUAAAGACAACAAGGGUAAAUUGUGCGAGAGUGAUAUCCAGUCCAUCCUGAACUGGACCAAUCCAUUCACUCUCGGACACGACGCUCUGAUUACGGGCAGUGGCAGGAAGGUUGUCCGCGAACAAGUCAAGCGUCUACGGAAACGCUUCCCCAAUGUCUUCAAGAAUAGAACUUCUCUCGAAAAUGUAGUCAUGGACUUCAGUGAAAAAGGAAACCGCUCAUUCGAAACGGGCGAAAUAUUUCUUCGGGAAUGGUUCGGCGAUGCGAUUUAUGAGAAGGAGAUCGCCGAAAUUGUGAACAACCAGACGAACUUGCUGAACAACUUCAAGGACAGCUGUGAUGAAAUGCUCGCUGCAACGGGCUUCAUAGCAUCGACCCCUCAAGGAGAGGCUCUGAAGGACAGUAAACCUUACAAGAAGUUCAAGAGAACGAUCGAGAAAAGACUAGGUUUCGAUUUGAGGAAAAAACAGCUGAAGAUAAUCAUGACACAGUGCCGUUUCGAGAUGGUUUCCUUCAAUAGAUCGCCGUGGUGCGCCCUAUUCUCGGAUGAGGAUUUCCGGAUCCUCGAGCUGCUGGACGACGCGGAAUCUUUCGACGAAGAUUCGUAUGGAACACCACGUAACCAGAGAGUCGCUUGUCCAUUAGCAGCUGACAUGUUGGACUAUAUAAAGCAAUCUGCAGCGGCGAACACCACCGACAUCCACCCGAAGGUUGUACUGCACUUCAGCCAUUCCGGUGCACUGAAAAAGCUCGUCACUCUGUUUGGUAUCGGGCGGGAAUUCGAUCAAGACUGCUCGAAAAGAGCAUGGAGGCUAUCAAGUAUCUCGCCGUUCAACGCCAACUUCAAUGCCGUGUACUACAAAUGCCUGGGAGAGCAGAAGGACAAGGUUGCUGUUCUGCUCAACGAAAAGAUCAUGAAGCUUGAUGGUUGCGGUGGUGACUUGUGCGAUGCAACAGACUUCGUGGCUCUACUGGAAUCAAAGGCGAAGAAUUGUGACUUGAAGCAGAUCUGCUCAACCUGAUAAUCGAGACGAGCUCGAAGUCCGGAGCGAUCGUCGACGAACACCCGACGAUCAUGUGUCUCCAGACCGCUUCUUUUCUUCCCAUUAGAGGCUUUUCAUGUAUUACCUGAUUUAUUCUCGACAUGGUGAACUCAAAAUUAAAUUGUAAUCGGUGGUUCUUAAGGCA